AUGCAGAUAUUCCUUACGGUUGCUUUUUUUAUGAUAGAGAAAUGUAACUCAUAUACACAAAAAUAUCCUUCUGAAAAUUUCAAGCUUCAUGGAAAAGUGUAUAAGACUUGUGCAACUUGUUUGAUUAAAAAAGCUGAGAAAAAAGCUGAUAAAAAAACUAUACCCGAUCAUAAUAAUAUUAAAACAAUUCUAUUAGACAAUUUAAAUAAAUAUGUUAUAGAGUUAAUAGACAGCCUUGAGAAUAACUCUGAGUUAUCUUUUACAAUAAACAUCGAUGCCAACAUGUUUGAUCAAAAUUUCGGUAUCAAGUCAAUUAUCAAUAUAGUUGUCAACAGUAUUGAGGAAGGUGAUGGUUAUAAUUGGAUAUAA